CGAAGCUCUACUUAUUUACAAGAACACAGUUUGCACUCCUCAACAAACUAGCGGUAGAUUUGGGAAGUUCCCCUGCUUGAGGCAAUGGGCAUAUGUAAAUUGUUAUCGACUAGAAGAUGUCGGUGUUGUUUCCUUUCCUUUAAAUCUAGACAUGGAACAGUAGCAGCGGCUUCCAUUGAUGGGGAAAAUGGUGUUCCUACACUCACACCUUUGCAAACAGGCGAUAAGAAACCGAGAAAACAGACUCUUGCCGCCAUAAUUGGCAGCACCAGUGCAGCUCUUCUUGUCGUGAUCAUUCUGGUGCUUGUGUAUAUCUGCUUGAUGCGUGUAAAAAGAUUCAUGAGGAGAACAUCUGGGGCUGCGUCUUCUAUGCCAUCUUCUACCGUUGAGUUGGAAAGAGUUCACACUUCCCACAAUGCCGGUGUGCCGUCUCCCAUCCAUACACAAAAUCUAAGGCAACUAACAAUGUCAGAGCUGGAACAAGCUACACGCAACUUCAGUCAAAGUAAUAUAAUUGGUGAAGGUCGAUUCGGUUUAGUCCAUAAAGGAUUGCUUCAAGAUGGAACUAUUGUGGCAAUCAAAAGAUACUUAAACACCCCAAUUCCCGUGUUCCUUCACGAGGUUAAGCAAAUAGCUCAAGUGAGACACAAGCAUCUUGUCAGGCUCGUUGGUUAUUGUGAAGAUAACUACCAGCAGUUUCUUGUCUAUGAUUAUAUCCCUAAUGGAAACGUUGGACAUCACCUCUAUGAUAAUGAAGGUUCACCAACUGGAGAACUAAACAUUAGGCAAAGGUUAUCGAUUGCUCUAGGUGCGGCCAAAGGACUUGAAUACCUUCACAGUUUAGCUCCUCCUCUUCUGCACAUGCAUUUCAGAAGUAGCAACGUUCUCCUAGAUGAAAACUUUACUGCCAAGGUUUCUGACUAUGGAUUGUCCAAAUUGUUGUCUGAGAAUCAGUUUUAUGCAUCAUCUUCAGCCAUCGAUUGCUUUCUUGACCCAGAAUUGUAUGCAUCAAAGAAAUUUUCAGUGCAAAGCGAUGUAUAUAGCUAUGGAGUCUUCCUCCUCGAGUUGAUUAGUGGAUGUGAAGCAGCUUGUCGAGAUCUGUCAAACUUGGAAACAACGUUAAUAAUGCAGGCCAAGUAUUCGGACAAUAUCGUUGAUAGAACCUUAGGGAGAGAAUCAAUGCGCGGUGCAAAACAAAUAGUGGAUUUGGCACUGCAAUGUGUGGAUAUUAGACCGAAAAGACCAUCUAUGAGGAGCAUCGUUGAAGAGCUUGAACGAAUUCAAGAGACAGAAAUUGGACGUUUACAAUUUGAAGCAGGAGAGGAGAUUGAAGCUGUAACACUGGGGAGCGAGCUCUUUAAAUAA